UCAAUGAAGAAAAUAUCAGUGGCUUCCUACAAUUCAUCAAUUAAAGAUCUGUGUAUAGUAGUUUGUUUUCAAAAAAUAGUUAGUUCUCAUUUUAUAUACAUAUGUAAAUUGAAUUGAAUAUAUAAAAAUAUAUUUAAAAAUCUAAAUCAUUUUUUUUAUAAUAAAAAAAAGAAUAAUACGGAUUAGAGUGCAAAGACCCUUGUGCACGCCUCAGGUUUCAACCGGUAAUGGAAUUACAUUCUCCUUUCUCGCCGGAAUUGAUUUCCAUUCGCCAGCAAGCCUCAGUUUUUCAAGAAAUGUCCCUGGAACGACAUCUCAGAGGCACAGCAUCUUCCCCGGAAGGCACUAUUCUGGAUAAAAUUGGUCUUUUGAGAUCGACCUUUAGAGCCCUGGAUUUACAGGAUUCAAAGCCAAAGGAUAGUAUCUUCAUUCAGCAGCUUGAAAACGAGAGAACGAUCCCAGUGCAUGAGAAUAAAUAUGGAGGCGUUGAAACGAAGAAAAAGGAUUUUAAAAUUGUAAGGAAUAGGAUAAUUCGUGGGAAAAGUCGUGAGGAGGAAGAAAAUCUUCAACCAAUAUCACUCGAUGAAGUCGCUUGGCACGAUACCACCGACGAUUGUUGGAUCGUUGUUUACGACUAUGUUUACGAUUGUACCGAUUUCGUCAAGAAUCAUCCCGGUGGUCAAGACAUUAUACUCGAGUAUGCCGGACGAGAUGCCACUCUUGCAUUCAUUGGUACAGGACACUCCAAGGUAGCCAAGCAGAAUCUCGAGAGAUACCUAAUUGGAGAACUUCCUCUUUCCGAAAGAAUAUUUCGCACUCCGGACGGUGUAAAAAUUGUAGAUUUUUGAUUUUUUGCUCUUCUUUAUAAUUAGUUUUUUAAAUUUAAUUAUUAAAUCAAGUAUGAUAAUUUUAAAGAUUUAAAAUUCUUGUCUUUGGGUCAAAAUUUCUCAAAUGCAUCGCCUGAAAUUAAAAAAUUUAAUUUUUGUCACGUCGUUGUCACACUAGGUCAAUUCGACCCGAACUUCAUCAUCACUUCGAGCGAUCUUUGAAGUAAAAUUGAUAAUUAUAAUUUAAAUUAUCCUUAUAAUGAUUAUUAAUUAUUUCCUUUUUGGUAAAAUAAAUAUAAAAAUAUGCUCAACAACCGUACAUAGAAUGU